UCCUGCGCAGGACCUGCCAAACAACGAAGGAGACGCGUGCGUGCCCCCGAUGUGCUUCGCUCGGGCGUGAUAAUUUUGUGAAAAACGAAUCUGGACCAUUCUACCGAAAGACGAGAGAUUUUUCGAAAAAAACGAUCGGAACGUCACGCAACACGGGGAGAGAAUCUCCGAAACGAUUCGCGAGAUUUUUUCCCCAUAUCGGUCAUCGAAACUCGAUUCCUGCCCGAAUUAAAAUGGCUGUGAUUGGCUCCGAGUGAUUUUGGAUAAUAAAAGGCACCCCACAGAUCGGGAAAUCCUCGAGAGCCGGUUAUCCGUGAAACUGUUGGCGAAAAAGUGCGUAGAAGGACGGACGGAGGGAUGAUUCGGUGCUGCGCGCCGAUGCGCGAAAAGCGUUGCUGAUUGCCGUAUUCUGCACCCCGCGGGGGUAGCGCGCGGGGGCUGGAGAAAAAAUCGUCGUCGAGAGCUGGAAUUUGCAAAUAUAGGGAUUGAAUAGAAAGAAGAGGAAUUUGCCGGUUAAAAAUCGAGAGAGUGAAGAAUGAGAUCCUACGACGGCGAGAGCAGCUCGACAGAAGACGACGAUCGCAGGGAAGGUUUACCGGAAGCGCAUCUGCAGCAAGGGUCCUGGCAACGCACAGCAUCGCAUCCCACCUGGGCCUGGGAGCAUCGUAACGUCCAUCCACUGCCUCCACAAUCGGCAGCGGCUCUCGAAUCCGUAUAUUCGACACCAGGGGGUUCACAUCCGGGCGUCUCGGGCCCACCGGCCGGAUAUUCGUCGGAACACACCCAGAGUGCACCAGGACGAAGGACUCCGUUGGGUGCCGUGGGUCUCGGUGGUUUUUACUUUCAACAACAACCUCAACCACACGCUUCGUCGAGCGCGUUGUCCGACGAGAAUCGACCCGACGAGAGACCAGCAGCUUCGCGAUUAAACUGCCCGCCGAAAUCGAAGACGACUCGUCAAGGAAAGAGCGUAAGGCUGAAUAUUAACGCGCGAGAACGUAGAAGGAUGCACGAUUUGAACGACGCCCUGGACGAGCUUCGCUCUGUCAUCCCUUACGCGCAUAGUCCUUCCGUGAGAAAGCUGUCGAAAAUAGCUACCCUUCUUCUGGCGAAAAAUUACAUCCUUAUGCAAGGAAACGCGUUGGAGGAGCUCCGAAGAGUGAUAGCCGUUCUGCAAUCGCCGCACGCACACACCACCGCUCUUCCACCCACGCCGGUCUCCUACGAUCUCCUGCAGGGAUUCCCCGGCAAGCUGUUCCAGGGGGUGCAAGGGCUGCAGGAGAUGCAAGGGCUUCCUACGAACGAGCCUCAAAUCGUGACCGGUCCUCCAACCGACGGCACGGUCGCCAGCGGAGAGUCGAAUUAAGGAAUCCAUUAUUUUUCUCCUACAAGGAGAGAAUUAGAAUUUAUCCUGAAAGUCAUGGUAAUCCUGGACAAUAUGGUAUUG